AAAAGUUAUUUGGUGCGGACUUCAUUCAUCAUGUAAACGCUUGUCGAACUGGUUUAUGUUUGCUGCCAGGGAAGUUUUAAUGUAACAUGUAGCCCUAACCACAUCGGAAGAGACAAUCAAAGACCAAAGAGUAAUGUAAACAACAUGUCUAGUCCAAAAUGGUGAAAUUGACACUAGACCUUAUUGCUCGGGGUACCUCAGGGUACACCAAGAAGAAGCGAGAUGAAUCAAUGCAACAAUACCUAAAACGACUCACCCAUCUGUAUCUGGAAGACAGAUGCAUUGAUGAAGUGGGAGAAGAUUUGUCGAUGUGCAGGAACUUGACAGUUUUGUACUUGUAUGACAAUCAACUGUUAAGGAUUCCAACUUUACAUCAUAAUCAGCAUCUGACCAUGCUAUACCUACAGAAUAAUGACAUUCACAAGAUAGAAAAUCUCUCACCUUUAACAAGGCUGACUAAACUAUACCUUGGAGGAAAUUGUAUCACUGUCAUAGAAGGCUUAGACAAACUGGAGAACCUCCAGGAACUACAUAUAGAGAAUCAGAGGAUGCCACCUGGAGAGAAACUUCUGUUUGAUCCACGAACCAUGCGAGCUAUUUCUAGUUCACUACAAGUGCUAAACAUUGCAGGAAAUAACCUAGACAGUAUUAGAGACAUUGAAUGCUUACGCAAUUUGUAUCAGUUACAUGCCAAUGACAAUUUACUGACGGAUAUGAAAGAGCUGGCUCAUGUCAUCGGUGGGAUGUUCAGGCUGUGGAGGUUAGAUCUGAUGGGUAAUCCUCUCUGUCACAAGGCAAAGUACAGAGACCGAGUCAUCGUAAUGGCCAAAAAUAUUGAUGUGCUAGAUGGCAAAGAAAUCAGUGAGACUUCCAGACGAUUUCUACACAAUUGGCAUGAUGCCAGAGAAGUGCAGAAGAAGCGAAGGGAAGAAAACUUGAGGAAAGGAAGUGGGGAGUUUGGUGAUGGAGCAUUAUUACGGGAACUUCCCCCUGUCAAAGAUCAUCCCCGCCCCCCACACAAGAUUCCAGGGUACAUGAUGCCGGGACUAAUGAUGAAAGGUUUACCCAGAAAGCAAUUUGAUGAAAUUCUUGCAAGAACCAACAGCAACCUUGCAGAGGACCCAGUCCAGACACAUUCCGCCUCAAUGAAGACUCGGAGCGGGAUCUUACGGUCCAAACUGCCAGAUAUUUUUGGCACCUCGCUUAGUAUUUCACUUAAGAGGGGUUCCCUCAGUGUUGAUGUGGGAGCAGUAUCAAGCAGAGCAGACCUACAGAGGGUGUUGCCCCUUUCUCGCUCUCUGACAAGAUUGCCUCAGCACCUGUCGGGCGGCGGCGGCAACCACUUCCUAUAAGCUUCGAGUUCGGACACCUGGAUCUAAAUCGCCACAUACAGAAAAACGACAUCAUCAACACCACGUAAACACUGACAGCAUAUGUGAUAUAUACACACACAGGAAACACACACACAUAACAGUCACAUAUUCACAUCCACCUGACUUUAAUAUGUUACUAUAAGAAGUUAACUAUUGCUAGAUUGGACUUGAUCUGAAUAAUUUUCAGUACCAUGUGUCACUAGAAUUAGGAUUUUUGUGUUCAAUCAUUGCUGUGGCUCACAUUCAAAGUGUGGAAAGCUUUGGGUCUACCGCAUUUUAUUUCUCAUUCUUAAAUAUUCUUUUCAAGUUCUCCUGUUCUCCUCAAACAAAUAUUGCUCAAAUUUUCAUUACCUUGGAGAACAACUACGUUAUUUUUCUUGUCAACUGUCUGUAUUUAUUAUAGUUGAAGAUAUUUUAUGAUAUGCGCCCCAUAAUUUGUUCUAGACCUAGAAGUUGUUUGCCUCUCUUUAUUUUUUAUACCUAUUAAAUUUUCAUUGGUGAGAUUAUAGCUGGUAAACUUUGUUUUUAUAGUCAGGAGGUAUAAAUACAACAUGUAUUUGGUAUCAGUAUUAGAAUUAAUGUAUUUAUAUAUAAAUUAUUGAUAUGUGUCCAUCUUUUUUUUAAAAACAUAACAAGGCAUUAUUCCAUUUUAUUUGUAUAGAUGAUGUAGUUUCAUUGAUUAAUGUAAGUUGUAAGUACUGGUACAAUAAAGUAGAAGUGUAAAGACUUGUCAAUGCCUGUAAGCAUGACCUAUGCACCUUUGUGUUGCUGUAGUCCAUUUCUGUCUGUGAUAUUUGAAUAAUGAAAUGCUUUAUUAUUUUUAUUUGAAUGACAACACUCAUAUUGUCCAUUCCAUUGCCUUGUCCUGUGCAUGAAAAACAAAAAUAAUCUUAGUAUUUAUAAAUUUAGCAUACAUACUGUUAAUUUAAAAUGAUUAGGGUUUAUUUUUUGAAUUUUCACUAACAUUUUCAGCUUAUAGAGAAAUGAAAUAAAGUUAGCUUAAAUUAUCCGUCCAUCAUCUCCUGUUGGCUUAUUAUGAUUCGAUGAAGUUUUAAUUUUUGCUUUGAUUGACCUUUUGAACUAAAGCUUUGGACUUGCAAUGCCUUUGGAUAUCUUGUGUUCUGUGAAUCAGAAAGUGCUAAGUUGACAAAAUUCUUUAGUGACAUUGAGCUGCUUGUUAAUUAAAUGUUAAAAUAAUCUUUUUGAGUUUUCUAUCACCCUUUUUCUCCAUUAGACAUCAGUUGAAUUUUACCGGAAAGUGAAUUCUAUGUACAAUUAUGUAUUUAUAAAUCUGCAUGUUUGACACUCACUUUUGCUGUAAUUAAAUUUCAAUUUGUUUACUUCUGUUGUUCAAAGAACUGUUUUCUUUUUUCGCCUAUUGUUGUGAUAGUAAAUUUUUAUGCACAUUUUGUACAGUGUUGUGGAAGCAAAGCAAUUUCUAAAAUUGUAAAUCAAUAUGCUGUGGCAAUGGUGCAUGUUUGUGAUCAAAUUUAAAAGCAGACUAUUUAUGUUAAAAUAUGUGAACAGAUCUUUUAAUGCAUUGUUUUGAACUAAUUGAGAUUUAAAUAAAAUGUAGAAAAUUAGAGCAAA